AUGUCUGCCACGAUGAGAUCGACCGGUUUGGUCCGCGGAACACCUGCUUUUCGGUCUGCCUUGAUCGCCCGUAGUCGUUCCAGUGCAUUGAGCCCGGCCUCGGUUGUUGCUCGCGGCCUCCUGCGCAAUGGCCGCGACCUACCAUCUCAAGUGUCGGCCCUUGCUAUCCUGAUGCCCCAGCGCGGAUAUGCGACCGAGCAAUCCACCUCGAACCACUCUUCCCAGAACUAUCCUCCCCCGGGAUUCAAUGCCGAGCAGGCCAAGAAGCCGAUCCCGCAGGAGCAAAUCUCGCAGCCACAAUCUACCGUUGCGAAGACCGAGCCGACUACGACGCAGACAAUUGUUAACACCAAGCCCGCCGCUUCAACUGUCGCAAAGACGAGUUCGGAUGAGCAGAAGUUGGCCGAGAAGAAGAAUGUGAAAAAGUUGACACUUGGACAAAAGGUCAAGAAGGAGUUGCAGCACUACUGGGAUGGCACAAAGCUGCUCGCCACAGAGGUUAAGAUCAGUUCCCGUUUGGCAUUGAAGAUGGCCGGUGGUUAUGAGCUCAGUCGCCGAGAGCACCGUCAGCUUCAACGUACUACAAAGGAUCUGGGACGUUUGGUUCCCUUUUCCAUGUUCCUUAUUGUUCCUUUUGCCGAACUGCUCCUUCCCGUCGCGCUGAAGAUCUUCCCCAACAUGCUUCCCAGCACCUACGAGGGCCAGAAGGCCCGUGAUGCUAAGGCGCUGAACCUCAGCUCGACUCGCAAGGAGGUUUCUGGAUUCUUGCGCAACACCCUGCGCGAAACUGGUCUCCCCUUGACCGCAGCAACUGUCAAGAACGACGAGUUCACAGACUUUUUCCGCAAGAUCCGCACCACUGGUGAAUCGCCCUCAACCGAGGAUGUCAUCAAGGUCUGCAAAAUUUUCAAGGAUGAUCUUACUCUGGACAACUUGUCCCGACCCCAGCUUGUCGGCAUCUGUCGUUACAUGAACUUGAACUCCUUCGGUACCGACGCUAUGCUCCGUUACACUAUUCGCCACCGCAUGCGCCAGAUCAAGCGUGACGACCGCGCGAUCUUCUACGAGGGCGUCGACUCGCUCUCUGUCCCUGAACUGCAGAUGGCCAGCGCCUCCCGUGGUAUCCGCACUCACGGUGUCUCCCCUGCCCGUCUGCGCGAAGACCUCGGCAUGUGGCUCGAGCUGCGUCUCAAGCAGGGCGUUCCCUCCACUUUGUUGGUUCUGAGCAACGCCUACCUGUACACACAGGGCGGAAAGGAGUCUGAGAUGGCUUCCCAGAUUGAUGCUCUCAAGGCCGUACUCUCCAGCAUUCCCGAGGAGCUGUUCCACGAGAUCGAGCUUGAGGUUCACAAUGCCGAGGGUGCCGCUACCAACAAGCAGCGUCUCGAGGUUAUCAAGGAGCAGGAAGAGCUGAUCUCCGAGGAGAACUCGCAGAACAGCAAGCACGAGGCCAAGGGUGUUCCCGCGCCCAAGGACAUCGAUGAUAUUGAUGAGAAGGAGGAGGCUCGAAUUGAGGCCGCCGCUGAUGGCGUCGAGAAGCAGUCCUCCGAAGCUAACGAGGCCCUGGCUGAAGGCGAGCGCGCUGAGAAGACCGCCGAGUCCAAGGAGGCGAAGAAGAGCGAGAGCUCGUAG